AAGUCGAGGGAGAAAGAGCAUCAUCGAGUCGGUGCAAAGUGCAAACUAUCCGAAGCUUGCUUCUCUUUCAGGUCAUCGUCAGGUUGCGAUUAAAGCCCUACCGAUUACAGACUCCGGAACCCUCCUCCUCAGUUCCCUGUCGAUUUGGAUCCAUGGCUUCCGCCGCGGCUCGAUUCUUCUCCGCAAACCGCGCCCUCCACGGCGCCUCUCGGGCGAUAAGGGCGAGUCCGCCGACUGCAGCGUUCUGCCAUGCCUCUGCCAAAAUCUCGGUUGGAUUGCCCAUUCCAGUGCCUCUAGAUCUCAAUUUUGCUGUCAAAUUACGCAAAUACGUCGGUGUUGUGUCGAAACCAGUCAGAACUCCCGGCGCAGCUUAUGCCACUGCUGCCACGGAGAAGAGCAUCUAUGAUUUCACCGUAAAGGAUAUCGAUGGAAAGGAUGUUUCUCUGAGUAAAUUCAAAGGGAAAGUUUUGUUGUUUGUUAAUGUUGCUUCACAAUGUGGCUUGACAUCAUCCAAUUACACAGAGCUCUCUCAUAUUUAUGACAAGUACAAAACACAAGGUUUUGAGAUUCUUGCCUUCCCGUGCAAUCAAUUUGGAGGCCAAGAGCCUGGAUCAAACUCAGAGAUUAAAGAAUUUGCCUGUACAAGGUUCAAAGCGGAAUAUCCUAUUUUUGAUAAGAUUGAUGUUAAUGGACCAAAUACUGCACCGCUGUAUCAGUUUCUCAAAUCCAGCGCAGGAGGAUUUCUGGGUGGUCUUAUAAAGUGGAACUUUGAAAAGUUCUUGGUUGAUAAGAAUGGAAAAGUGAUGGAAAGAUAUAUGCCAACAACUUCCCCCUUCCAGAUUGAGAAGGAUAUCCAGAAACUCCUUGCGGUAUAGGUAACUCUAUCCACGCAACUGCAAAUCAAGCGCCAUAACAUGCUUUAUCGAAAUUUUGGCCCCCUGAGGCGUUUCUGGGGUCACAGGGUCCCCUGAUAAAGCUUCAUUAUAGUAACAUGCUUGUAUUUCCUUGGUAAACGUCACAAGUAUCUUGUGCCUCUUCCAUCAUAUCAGAUCCGCUUACAAAUGAAAUUUUCAGCUACUAAAACCUCAAUGCGUAUUUGUUGAACUGGAAGACAUAAUUUACAAGCUUCUUUAGAAUAAAUUAAGAAGUAAUUUGUAUAUACGAUAUUGUCUCGUUUGCGAUUAAGGAAAUUAUUGCCUCUGAUUCUA